AUGGAGUUCAAAAGUUCAUCAAAGGGUGUGUGCGCGACGUUCCACUCUCCGCUUAUUACAACUGCAAGUACAGAACCCAAAAACGAGAACGAGAUGCCACUAGCCACCGCGGACCAAGGCGGAGCCAACGGGCUUUCCGCCCUGCAUCCAGACAUCGUAAGGUCCCACGUCCUCAGCAGGUUGGACGGGCCAGCUCUCGGCUCCGCCGCCUGCUGCUCCACCACUCUCCGCCAACUCUCCUCAGACGAAAAUCUCUGGUCCAACAUAUGCCACUCCAUGUGGCCAUCCACCACCUCCCCACAACUCAGCCACCUCAUCUCCACUUUCCCCGGCGGCGGCCCUCGCGCCUUUUUCUCACACGCCUUCCCUGUCUUGGCUGCAGACCGCAACCUCACCCGAUCAUCAUCAAACCCACCAUCGGAAUUAAUCUCAGCCGUCGACAUACGCUACAAGGAUAACCUGAUAUUCACAAAGGUGCAAGAAACGGAGACAGUGAGCGGAUGGUUCCGGUGCUCGCCCUUCAGGAUUGACCUCCUGGAGCCGAAAGACGUGGUGCCCACACCCAGCGACAUGGUCGACGACAUGAUGUUGAGCUGGAUUCUGAUCGACCCAAUCGGACGGCGGGCAGUGAACCUCUCAUCUCAUAAACCAGUGAGCGUGGAACGCCACUGGCUGACUGGGGAAGUGCAGGUCCGCUAUGCUUCAAUCCUGGCCGUAGAUCAAAGGCAGGUGCAGUGCGGGAUAGUGAUAAGGUGCGGAGGGUCGGAAUGUGGGGAUGAGAUGCAGGUACGAGAAGUGAGCUUAGAAAUAGAGGACAUGGAUGGAACACACUUGAACGGGAAGGAGAGUCUGGUCUUUCUACAAGGGGCAUUGGAGGGCAAAAAAGGAACAGGGAAGAACAGGGUAGAAGAGGGGCAGAGGAGAUAUAAAGCUUAUGUGGAGAUGAAGAGAGAGAGAAAAGAGAGAAAGCUGAGGACAGAAGGGGCAUUAGAUAUGGUCUGUGUGGCCUUCGGGGUAUCCAUUUUUGUUGCAUUUUGCUGUUUCCUUUUCAGCAGAUAG